UUUGGAUUUGUUGUGCUUGAAGUACAAAUGGUCAUUCUUUGCCUAGAAUCAAUUUUUUGGAUAAUAAUUUUAUGUAAAGGAGAUAAAGGUUUUAUUGUUAGCAUAGGGAUGGCAUCCGUUCCCCCAAGCCAAAGCUCACUAUGUACAGUUAUUCUUUCAACUUCAGUUAUUCUUCAUCAUCCUUUCACCUUUCAUUUAAAUGCAUGUCAGUUGAAUCUUCUUAUUUAAAAUUUUUUAUUUCGAUAUUUUGGGUAAAGCUUGAUUGUGUUUGUAAAUAAUUUAAAGGGGAGGGGGGAUGUGUGUAGGUAAAUAUUUGAAAAUACUUGAAAUAAAAAUUUUUUGAAGAAAAAAUUAAAAAGAAAUGUA